AUGGCACAAGAAUCCCAAUCAAACCCUCUUCCACCACCACCUCCCAAAUGGGUCAUAAACCUCAACUCUCCUCCCCGGCGCAAAGCGAACAACACCCACAUUACCAAUCCACCAGGCUACACUGAAGCCAGCAGCGGCAAGCGCAAUGCCGCCUCGUCCAAAACCCCAGCCCGCAAACCCCCAAGCACCGCCGAAACCGACACGCUCAAGCUGAAAAAGUCCUGGGAACUCGCCCUCGCGCCGGCCAAAGCCUUACCCAUGAACGCAAUCAUGAUGUACAUGUCCGGCAACUCGCUGCAGAUUUUCAGCAUAAUGAUGGUCUUCAUGCUGUUCAAAAACCCGAUCACCGGCAUCUUUACAACGAAUGAAGUGUUCAGGCGCUUUGAAUCCGAGGGGACGAGGAAGCAGCUAUGGGUGGUCAAGGCGUGCUACGUGCUGAUGAACUGCGUGGCGCUGGCAUUGGGGGUUUGGAAGGUGAAUGGCAUGGGGCUACUCCCUACGACAAGGAGUGACUGGUUGGCUUGGGAGACGGAGAGGCAGCCGUUGGAGAGGGUCAUUUUUGCUUUUAGAUAA